CCACGAUCGCUACAAUUAGUCACAGAAAUUCAUUAGUGAGUCAACCGUGAAUGUUUAGUGUGCAUAAAAAUGGUGUCCGAAUUUAGAAAACAGAAACUUCUACAUCUCUUUAACAUUUUCUUUGACAUCGAUGCAAGUGGAAGCAUCGAAAGGAACGAUUUUGUAUUAGCUGCCGAAAAUAUCUCCAAGUUACGAGGUUGGAAAUCAGGUGAUGUUAAAUAUAAAGAAACAUUGGAGUCUCUGAUCAAAAUAUGGGAAGGUUUACAAAACGCUGCUGAUGCUGAUAAAGAUGGAAAGGUUACUGCCGAGGAAUGGGUGGCAAUGUGGGAGAUUUAUGCCAGAAAUCCUAAUUCCUGUGCGGACUGGCAGCUGGAAUACUGCAAGUUCAUGUUUCAACUGGAAGACGCGGGUGGUGACGGUGCUAUCGAUUGUGAAGAGUUUUCAACAGUCUAUGAAUCAUUCGGUCUUCUAAAAGAAGAUAAUGUAGCCGCUUUUAAUGUGAUGUCGAAAGGUAAACCAAAAGUUACUUGGCAAGAAUUUCAAGAAUUGUGGAUACAAUAUUUCACUUCUGAUAAUCCUAAUGAUCCUGGUAACUUUAUAUUUGGUGCAGCAACGUUUUAAAGAUUUAAGAGUGAAAUUAUUCAUAUGAA